AAUCCAAAACCCUUCAUCGAUCAUCUCCCUCCCCCGUUCUUUCCGUUCGCCAAAUCGACGGGAAAUGGAGGCGAUUCUUAAGAGAUACUUCGGGUAUUCUCAUUUUCGAGCUUACCAGAAAGAGAUCAUCCAAAAGAUAUUAGAUGGGAGGGAUUGCUUGGUCGUCAUGGCCACCGGAAGCGGGAAAUCCAUUUGUUAUCAGAUCCCUCCUCUUGUUAAAGGAAAAACCGCUGUCGUCAUAAGCCCCCUUCUAUCUUUGAUGCAAGACCAAGUUAUGAGUUUAAAGCAGCGGGGUAUCAAAGCUGAUUACCUUGGAAGUACUCAAACUAACCGAUCUGUUUCUACUGAUGCUGAGAAAGGUAGCUUGGAUAUUUUAUACAUGACCCCUGAGAAGGCUUACUCGCUUCCUCCAAGCUUUUGGACUAACUUGCUAAAUGCGGGGAUUUGUUUGUUGGCUGUUGAUGAAGCACAUUGCAUAUCAGAAUGGGGCCAUAAUUUCAGGAAGGAGUACAAGCAAUUACAUGUAUUACGUGAUGUUCUUGUAAAUAUCCCUUUCGUUGCUUUAACAGCUACAGCCACAGAGAAGGUUCAGAGUGACAUUAUUGGUUCCCUGAUGAUGAGAGAUCCUUACAUCGUCAUAGGCUCGUUUGAUCGUCAAAACCUUUUCUAUGGUGUUAAGUCUUGCAACCGUACUACAUCAUUUCUUGAAGAACUUGUAACAGAAGUUUCAAAUUACAAUGCCAAUAAAAGCUCAACUAUCAUAUACUGUACCACUGUCAAAGAUACUGAACAGAUUUGUGAUUUAUUGACUAAUGCUGGAAUCAGGACUGGCAUUUAUCAUGGCCAAAUGGGCAGUAAAGCUCGGGAAGAAUCUCAUAGAUCAUUUAUUAGGGAUGAAAUUCAUGUGAUGGUUGCCACAAUAGCUUUUGGUAUGGGCAUUGAUAAGCCAGAUGUAAGAUGUGUGAUACAUUAUGGCUGCCCUAAAAGUCUGGAGUCUUAUUACCAGGAAAGUGGGCGGUGUGGUAGAGAUGGGUUGCCUUCAAUUUGCUGGCUAUAUUAUUCAAGAAGUGAUUUUGCAAAAGCUGAUUUCUAUUGUUCAGAAGCGCAAAACGAAACACAACGGAAAGCUAUCAUGCAGUCUUUUAUGGCUGCACAAAAGUAUUGUUUUCUUCCUACAUGUCGCAGAAAGUUUAUACUUGGGUAUUUUGGUGAAAAGAGCAUAAGUGACUGUGGCAAUUGUGACAAUUGCAAGGGAACUAGAAAAGAAAAAGAUUUGUCAAGAGAAUCUGUCUUGUUACUGUCUUGCAUAAAAUCUUGUGGUGGCCGCUGGGGCCUCAAUAUGCCUAUUGAUGUUCUUCGUGGUUCUCGUUCUAGGAAGAUUCUCGAUAACAAUUAUGAGGAGCUUCCAUUGCAUGGGCUGGGAAAAGACCAUCCGGCUAACUGGUGGAAAGCACUUGGUGAUCUACUUAUAGCCAAUGAUUUCUUGAAGGAGAAUCUUCGGAAUGAAUACAGAUCUGUAAGUGUCAGUCUAAAAGGGCUGCAAUUUCUCAGUACUGCAAAUACUGUGCAUGAAACCCCUUUGGUUUUAGCAAUAACACCUGAGAUGAUAGAAGAAGAAGAGCAAGGAAGUCUGCAACGUAGAGUUGGAGAUCUUCAAUCGUUAUCUUUUUUGGAUAAUCAAGAGUUCUCUGAGGCUGAAGGAAAGCUUUACCGCAUGCUUUUGGACAUCAGGAUGAAGCUUGCUAAAGAUAAUGGAACUGCUCCUUAUGCUAUAUGUGGGGAUCAAACAAUCAAAAUGAUGACGAAAAGAAGGCCUUCUACUAGAGCUAAUUUAGCAAAAGUUGAUGGCGUUAACCAGCACCUUGUAACAAAAUACGGCGAUAGUUUUCUUGAAAACAUCAGAAGGUUAUCACAAGAACUUAACCUUCCAUUGGAUAAUGGUGCAUUAGUAUGGCCUACUGUUCAGAAAGGGGCAUGCACAAACACUCGGGGAAAAACUUCUCCCGCCAGAUUUGAGGCAUGGAAAGCGUGGGAAAAGGAUGGGCUGUCAUUUCAAGAAAUUGCUAACUUCCCCACAAGACCAGCACCCAUAAAAGUACAAACAGUGAUCUCAUACAUCCUUGAAGCAGCUCGAGACGGAUGUGAGCUAAGUUGGACAAGAUUCUGUGAUUGCAUAGGAUUGACGCUUGAUAUAGCCAUGCAAAUCCGUGGAGCAAUUGCAAAAAUCGGAUCAACAGAACGGCUGAAACUGAUCAAAGAGGAACUGCCGGAGAAUGUAAGUUAUGAGCACAUCAGAACCUUGUUGACAGUGGAAGAACUCAGCAUCAAAGUCGAAGAACUUUUUGCCGGUAAAACAGCAGAUGAAGCUCCUGUCCAGGUACGCGAGUCACCAGUAUCAGGCCAUGAUGCUGAGGUCAAGGAAGAAAGAGGUAGCUGUGAAGAUGGCAUCACGGGUAAAGAUGCCAUUGAGCCUUCAGAGAGCAUUGACAAGCGUGCUUCUGUGAGGCAACAUCGGAGUGUUGAUGGUCGAGAUGUUGAAGAUUCUCCAAAGAAGCUACAAAAAAUAAGCGAGCAAAAAGGAAAAUGCGGUGGUACAUUUGAGGCUACUGGAAAUUCUCUGUUAGAAUGGAUUGGAGAUCAUCACGAUGGGGUUUCUUUAGCUGAGAUUGUUGAGCGCUUUAGUGGAUCAGAAAGGGAUAUUGUUGCUAACUUGUUGGACGUCCUCGAAGGCGAGUUUUUGAUAUUUAGGAAAAAUGACCUGUACAGAGCUAUGUAACUCUUGUAUCUGAAAAAAGAAAUAUUUUCGUGCGCUUGAAGGUGCGAACUUGCUAUCUAAGGAUACUGGCUUGUAUAGUGCUAUGUGAAUUUGGAAAAAAAAAAAAAAAAAACCAUAAAAGACUAGGAACUCUUCGAGUAAGAUGACAUAUGUAAGGUUUUGAAAUCUAAGGAUGCUGGCUUGUACAGUGUUA